CGCGCCAAUGAUUUCACUAAGUUUACGAAAUAUUUAGAUAGUAGAUAAUCGAAAUUUUCCUUCAGAUUUCAAUACUACUUCAAAUAUUAUGGAAUUGAUAGAUUUAUAGUGAUAUUUUAAUUUCGUAGUUUAAAUUUGUAGGGAAAACACUUGGCUAGUUCUUAGUUACAAAGUAAAAAGUGAAAUAAAAGUGUAUAUAGGUAUAAAAUGACUACCUAGCUGUAAAAUAGACGGAAAACGAAACAAAAGAAAAUUCGUAGCAUCCAUUAGAAAAAUAGAGUGAAAUUAAAGAAAUAGUUCGGUAAAUAAAACUACUUACUAAACUUUUCGUGGCGGCCGAUCGUGAUACCGUGAUAGAUAUAAUCUGUGGCAAUAAAAAAAAACAAAUGUAGGCAGCAAAAAGUUUCCGUGGCGUGAUGGAAGUUCUUUUGAAUUUUAAAUUUUGAAUUUCGAACGAUGUCUUCGGAGUUGUCUUUGGACGGACGCGAUAGACCGAAUGUGUUUCGUAGAGUUAUUUCGUUGUGUGUUAGAGUCGCGUGCUCGCAAAUAGGUUUAGUCGUGUCUGUGGUGGUUUAUGUACUUCUUGGUGCUUUGCUGUUUGAGUAUUUGGAGUCGGGGCCGGAAGUGCAGAAGCGGUCGGCGAUACAGCGGUCGAGGGAAGAAUGUCUGAAAGAGCUUUGGGCUAUCACAGAACGCCUCAACGUUCUGUACGAGCGCAAUUGGACGAGACUGGUCCACGAGCAGUUACGGAAGUUCGAGUCAUCGAUCGUGGCGGCGGCGAGACAAACGGACGCGCCGCCGGCCGAGCUUCUGCACGCUAAGUGGACGUUCUCCGGCGCGCUCAUAUAUUGCAUUACCCUCAUUACCACUAUAGGAUAUGGCAAUGUGUCGCCGCGCAGCACCGCUGGCAGAGCCGCGACAGUGUUAUACGCAGCGGCUGGCGUGCCAUUGACCUUGGCUUGCUUGGCAGGGCUCGGUGCGUCAUUGGCACGACUGGCAAGAUUAGCCUGGCUACGCGCCACUAAGGAUAAAGUGCCUAACACAUGGAGGAAAGAUGGUGAGAUGGAGAAUCAUUUCCAACUGCACGAACAACAACGGCUUUUACCCCAACCGACGGAACACAACCAGUACACGUCGUUUCCCCCGCGGACCCAGCGGUCCCCAGGGACUGUGAAGGCGAGGGCCGGGGACAGAGGACAAUAUUCUCAAGUGUUUGAGAAAGCGCCUACAAGUCCUCGAGCGGCGACGAUGGGACGUGUGAAGCGUAGUGCCUUGACUGAUGAACCGCAAACGUCAUCAGCCCUCCAAACACAGACCCUGGACCGCAAGCGGACGAUGAACAACAUGAAGUGUCUGGCGACAGUGCACGGACCGGCACGGGGCCGGGCGCGGACCGUGCUGAGGCCGCGCGGUCCGGCCAUCGAGCAGCUCAUCGUAGAGGAGUGCGGGGAGAUGUUCCUCAACAGGAGUCAGGACGAGCUUGACGACUCAGAGGAUGCUGAAGAAGGAAUAUGUCCACACGACACGCCAUCAAGAGUGCCUUUGAUAUGGAACGAAGAGAAUCACAAAGCGAAGAGUUGCGCUGUACCCAGUAGCAGUGCUUCCACGAGCGUGCAGCAUCAGAACCACAGCUUAGAGCACUGCCACAUACCAGUCGGCAUUGUGCUGUUCCUCCUCAUUGGCUACAUUUGCGUAGGAGCAGCCAUCUUCUCCGCGUGGGAGAACUGGAGUUUCCUCGACGCUGCCUAUUUCUGCUUCAUUGCAUUGGCGACGAUUGGCUUCGGUGAUUUCGUACCAACAAGUUUCCUAACCUUGAAGCAAAGUGAGAAUUCACGAAGCGAAUACAUACAAAUGAUUGCGUGUUGUGCGUACCUUGUCUUUGGACUUAUAUUGAUAGCAAUGGCCUUCAGUCUUCUUCAGGACGAAGUGGUGGCGCGAUGUACUCAGUUGGCGCAAACUCUAGGUCUCACGCGUCAAUGACAAUACGAAAAGAGCGAUUGCAGCUCAACAGAUAACAAUUUGAGGAUGUUAUGAUCGUUAUUGUAAGGAGUCACUCAGGUUCGAGUCCCCGGAUACCCUUUGUACUUCUUAUUAUUAUAUGACACAUGUUACCAUUGUAUAGACAAAUAUUAUUUUCUCAUGUCUUCGUAAAAGAAACGGUGAAAUUUAAAGAGUUUUUACGGAAUUUGUACUUGAAGCGUAUGUUUUCUUAUGUAAAUAGUGUAAAAAUUUAUCUAUAAAAGCAAGGCUGAAACUGUAAUGAAACAAUAAAAUUGUGUGAAUAAUUGUAA